AUGUCGACUUUCGGUGGUGUUAUGGUCGAGUUCCCUGACAUUCGUGUUGACUACUUCCGCCAAAUUCCAAACCGCCGUCCUCCGCUGGCAUGCUUCUUAAGCCAUGUGCACAGUGACCAUCUCGCUGGGCUCGAGAACUUCAAAUCUCCCUUCAUCUACUGCUCCACAGCUACAAGAGAGCUUUUACUCCGGCUGGAGAGAUAUCCUCACAGGCUGAACUUUGCACUCGGUAUUCUCGAGUCAAGAAAACAGCAGUACAAGCAUCUAAAGAACCUUCUCAAGCCCAUACCUCUAGAAACUCCAACUCGUAUCGAGCUAAACCCCGGAAAUGAGAUACAAGUUACUUUAUUUGAUGCCAAUCAUUGUACCGGUGCGGUAAUGUUUUUGUUCGAGGACAACGACAGAGCCGUUUUAUAUACUGGAGAUAUUCGAUCCGAGCCAUGGUUUGUUAAUUCAUUAACACGAAAUCCACUUCUGAUAGAGUACACUACCGGUUUGAAGACCCUCGAUUGCAUCUAUCUAGAUACCAGUAACCUCGAUGACAAAGUCUUCCCUACCAAAGCCGACGGGUUAAAAGAGCUUUUACAAAAGGUUUCCGAAUAUCCAAAAGAUGUCACUUUCUAUUUCUCCGCCUGGACAUUUGGCUAUGAGGAGGUCUGGAUGGCCCUGUGUCGCGCUCUCAAAUCACAAAUCCAUGUCGACAAGUAUAAGAUGAAACUAUAUCAAUCCAUUGGAGGAGAUGCUCUGGAUGCUAGUCCAUGUGGGACAUUCCUUCCACAUGAUGGCCCGGUACUUGCAGGGUACAAAUGUGGAAAUACACCGCAACCGGGAUGUUUAACCACCGACCAAAGCGCUCGAAUCCACAGCUGUGAAAAAGGUAUGAAGUGCUCUGCAAUUAACGAUAAGACUAUCUGGAUCAGACCUAUAGUUACAAGAUCGAAAAAUAAAACCGAGAUUGCCGAGGUUGGUGUUGGCGGGGGAGGAGGCGAUUUAACUCAACGGCCUGAGCUUGAGCUUGAUAACGAUUCUAUUCUCGAUCAGCUCCUUAAUCUAUUUAAAGCCAUCGAGGAUCCUAUUGUCGCCGAUAUCAAGAAUAUGCUUCUUACCGGACUUCGAUCGAAAGGGAGAGCUAUUUCGCUUGACGAUAUGGGGCUCGGCAAUGAGGAAGAUGAGCUGUCUCUUGUAGAUCUGGCCAAGGUUAUUGUAAAGUCUGUAUCGGAGAAGCGGCAUUCUACUCUCGCCCAUGCCAUCGAUGAGAACGGGCGGGACCACACUCUUCCUAGAGUUAUCACCUUCCCGUACUCGCGUCAUUCUUCUUACCCUGAACUCUGUAGCCUGGUCAAGGUGUUUCGACCAAAAGAUGUGUACCCGUGUACGGUUGAUGAAGAUAACUGGCACGAAGGCCUUAGCAUCAGAUCUCUAUUCGGACGAGAAUGCUCAGCCACUAUAUUUCGUCACGACUUAGAGAUGCAGGGGAUACAAGCAAAGAGAGCUGCGCAACUCAUAAGCCAGCAGACGUAUAUCCCAGAAAGCCUGCAGUCAUCGUGGCCCGAUGAUUCUGCUUCUGCCUCUCUUAGCUCACACUGCCAGAACUUGCGACGCAAGGCUAUAUCUGAUGGCUUGACAGGAGGACGACUUAAGCGUUCCCGACUAGAACUCGAUGGAUUCAGCUCAUCUCAACCGGAGUCAGAAUCCGCUCCUGCUAAAGAGUUAGAAAAUGCUACACCGGUUGGCCCUGUUGGGCAGCUCCCAAUUGCCCCGGCGAGCCUCUGGAAUCCGUCUUCUCACGCAAACAAUGUUAAUUCAACUACGAUCGAUGAUAAUGGUGUCAACGUCUCGUCUCGCCCUUCAUCGCGAGCCGCUUUCUCCGCAUUUAGGAAUGAUGAUGGAACAGAGAUCGAGUAUGGAAGUCCUGCGCUUUCAUGGGAUCAUGACUAUAUGGAUAAUGGCACGUUCUUCGAUGCAAUGGAUGAGGUGCUACGUUGCAGACUAUGCGGUUAUGAACUGUGGAGCAAUGCCAUUGGGUUCUGCACUGGUUGCCAAAGCGGCCAAUCUGGAAUUCCGUACUUUGAGAUCCAGGAACCCGAUGCUCAUGCUCCUCCACACUUGGAGCUCAAUGGGUUUUUAGAAGAUGGGCUAGAAGACGACGAUGCCCACGGACAAGAACUUUUCGCAUCCUACCUUGACUGUCACUCCUCGGCAUAUGAUUCUCAAGACGAAAGUGCAGAUUUCGCUGAGUGCUAUGAGGUCAACAGCUUCAUUGAUGAUGGUCCACAAGUAGAUGCCGAGGAUGACGAGGGAUCUUCUAGUGACGGAGAAUCCAUUUACAAGGAGAAAUAUCCUAUACUCGAGUCGGCUCAUGAAAAGCUUGCCCGCGACCAUUUGAAAUUAAAUCAGCAGUACAAUGAUAUAGGCAGCAAAUAUGAUGAUCUGCAAAGCAAACUCUUAGGAUCAGAUUAUCCGAGCAACAGCGAGUUAGAUGAGUUGGAUGGGUUGGAUGAGUUGGAUGAAGAUGGGAUGCAUGUUGUUGAUGUGACAAUUCAUCAGCCGGUGUUGACAGAGGUUGUUGUCCUUUCCCAGGCACAAGACGAAUCCCUUGGCUCACCAAUACAUGGAGAUCAGAUUCAGAAGGCGAUCGAAGCAGCUGAAGAGGUCGAUUGGGCCAAAACCACUCUCGUGUCGGCUCAAAAUAAUCAUACCAGAGCGGAGGUUGAGCUGUAG